GGCUGCAGUCCUCCUGCGAGACAUCAUUGGUGACGAGAUCAGCGAAGACUCGUCAGCGCCCGUUGUGGACGUCAUAUUAUCUGAUGCCAAAGAGAAGAUAAGCGCUCUGAUCCUGCCACCAAACUUGGAGGUUGCGUUUUGUGGAAAGGAAGAUGGCUCUGUUGCUGUGUACAGUGUCAAGAGCGGGGUUCAAAUGAGUACGCUCUAUCGCCAUAAAUCACUCGUUCGGAUCGUAACUUGGUGGCCAUUGACUCGCAUAAUCAUGAGCGUUGACACUUCUAACACCAUCCUCGCUUGGAAAAUGCAACCAGAUAAACCUUCGAGUUGGAAAACCGACACGCAAUUGUUUCAGUCCCGCCUUGAUUGUGGCCAUACCAUAGUACAGAUACUACCAGGCGAAGAGUUUGGGAAGUUUAUCAUCUCAACUCGUGAAUCGGAUCACUUCUGGAGCCUUGAAGGCCAGCAAGAAAAGGUUCUCCAAAACUCAGGACAGCCACGAAUCCGGUACUGGGUUCAGCAUCCAAAAUCGUCGCUUCACAUCAUAGGUAUCGAUGGUGCAUUCGCAAGAAUCUAUUCAUGGCAAGACUGGUCGGAAAUUAGAUCCGUUUGUCUGGAAAUAGUUGUGGACGAUCUUCAGCUCAAGUCCGUUUCUUUGUUCAUGCUGGACCGCAAACCACAACUUCUACUGGAGCUGUCUGUACUGAAUGACCCAGCUGUCACACGAGAGCUAUAUUCAAUAGACGUCACUGCCUUUGACAUUAACGCUGGCGAUGAAGAAAAGCGAGAGCCAAUACAUGAUUCGACUCAUGAAAAAAAGUUUGACCCUUCACUUCAAUCGCCCGUUGCAAGCACACUUGUGAGCCCACGGCUACGCUCACAGGUCGACUUCUUGGCUGAUUACGUCUCACAUAUUAUUGGAAUCAGCGACAGCGGGAAGCUUGUUUUCCUUGACACACGCUCGUGGGUGUGUUCGGCCAGUCUUGAGAGCACAUUCGGAAGUUCUGUUUCCUACUCGCGGCAUUUUUUCGUGCCGUAUGACUGGUUUUCUGGCAUUCGAGACAUCCUGUGUGGACUGACGAAGCGAGAUGUUGUUUUCGCGCGGCACGGUGAUGUAGCAAUCAUUAAGGGCGGUUUGGAAUUUGUGGAGAAGGUUGAUGUGAAGCAUGAACUUCUGAGCCUGAAGAAAUAUGGGUUUAGACGAUAAAGCAAAGGGAUUUCAAAUGAGAUGAUUCUCAGCGCUAUCGACAAAUUCGCUCAGCCUUUUGGUAAUAUCAAGAGCCUAUAGCGUUCAGAUUACGUUCAAAUUAGUUCCAUGAGCUGACAGAGAAGCUAUGAGACCAAAGCUGCCAACUUUAUGCCAAGAAUUCGAUAUUAUAAUACAGCCUUCCUUACCAUUCUUUGCACCAGGCUUCACCGAAUGUUCGUCUGGGGUGUUAACCUCCGUGAUUAAGGGAUAGCGGAGACGCGUGUCUUCAAUACUUCUCUGCCACAAUUUUGUCAUCGCUAAAAGCAUAUUAUCAUGUACUAUAGGGAGGAGCUUUAUAUAGUAUGAAAGUCUUGAUUUAUUAAGGUAUUCUAGAGCUCUCCUAUAAGAGGAAGCUCUAGGAGUUCUAGUUAUAUAAGUAGCCUCUAGUUAGCUAGAGCGCCUUAGGGAGUGCCUUAGGUGCGUUAAGUGUAUAAUAU